AUGGCUAACCCCGAUCUCUCCGCCAUUCUACCUCGCGUCUUGAUUGUCUCCAGACGAACAGUUCGCAAAAACAAGUUCGUAGAUUUCGUGGGUGAAUAUCAUCUUGAGUUAAUAGUGGGCUAUGGGGCAGUGCCGGUGAUCGUGCCCCGGGUGAACGGCGUUCACAUGUUGCUUGACAGCUUCAAGCCGAUCCAUGGCGUUCUCCUCUGCGAAGGCGAAGACAUCGACCCCUCUCUAUACGUGGCCGACGACGGGCUCUCGCCGGAAGAUAUGGAGGAAAUCCGGCGGCUUCACGCCAGUGACACGGCCAUUGACAAGGAAAAGGACACGAUCGAAUUGAACCUGGCGAAGCUCUGCCUCGAAAGGAACAUACCUUACUUGGGAAUAUGCAGGGGAUCGCAGGUUUUGAACGUUGCAUGUGGCGGUACCCUUUACCAAGACAUCGGGAAAGAGCUAAGCCAGAAAUUGCCGGAGGAACUGAGGGUGAUGCACAUUAAUUAUGACGAUUAUGACGGUCACCGGCACAAGGUGAAGGUGAUGGAGAACACCCCGUUGCAUGAUUGGUUCAGGGAUUCUCUGGAGAAGGGCAAAAUGGAAAUUUUGGUUAACAGUUAUCACCACCAGGGAGUGAAAAAGCUGGCCCAGAGGCUUGUGCCAAUGGCCUAUGCACCGGACGGAUUGGUGGAGGGGUUCUAUGACCCGGAUGCGUACAAUCCCGAAGAGGGUAAGUUCAUAAUGGGGCUCCAGUUUCAUCCGGAGCGAAUGAGGAGACCCGAUUCAGACGAGUUCGAUUAUCCGGGUUGCCCCGCUGCUUACAAGGAAUUUGUGAAGGCGGUAAUCGCAUAUCAGAAGAGGCUCAACAGCUCAACCAGUGCGCCAAGGUCACUAAAGCUUGACCAAGAAAUGGAGAAGCAGAGGAAAGUCCUGGUCCGGAGCUUCUUUCUCGCCAGAAACAUAUAUGCGGGUGGCGGAGACAGAAACUAUCCUUCUAAAGAUUCUGAACUCGAAGUUGGCGCAGAAUUUCUUGAGUCGAACACGGCAUUAAGCUUGGUCCAAGAGAACAGGCUGAAGCAGAUGGGGGCAACGGUGAGGAAUGCGUCGUUCUACUUGGACAGAUUGAGGAAGAACGAAGAAAGAGAGAGUGUAGCGAGGAAAUUGAUUGGGAAGAUGACAGCAGAACAGGUAUCGGAGCUGAUGUCAUUCUAUCACAUGAUGAGCCGGAUCUGCUCUGAAGUCUUGGAAAGAAAGCUUCACAGCAUUAUGAAUGAGGUCGGCCCGUGA